AUGGUAAAUAAAAUGUACAAAGUUACAUCGAGCAAAGAAAUGAAAGUUGGGAGUAAACACAAUCAAAUUUUGAUGUCCAUUGUCCUAUGCAUGCCGAUCUUAGCCUACGGCACAGCCAUGGGUUGGAUCUCCCCCCACAAGGCGCUCCUCAUGAGUGACGCCUCCCCAUCCGGCACCUCGUUGUCUGAAGAAGACGUGUCCUGGAUGGCAUCCAUCAUGUUCAUCUUCGCGCCGAUAGCCGUGUUCCUCUAUGGAGUUGCUGCUGAUAAGUUUGGACGAAGGAGGGCUUUGCAAUGUGUUACUUUGCCAAUUGUUUUGGGCUGGGCUGUGAAACUAGCGUGCGCGCACCCCGUAGCGCUGAUCUGCGCGCGCGCACUCAUCGGCUUCGGUUCCGGUGGGGGGUUUGUGGUUGUCCCUCUCUAUGUCAAAGAGAUCAGCGAAGAUAGCAUCAGAGGAAUGACAGGCACUUUCGUUAUAUUUUCCCAGACAGUAGGAAACUUGUUCGUGUUCAUACUGGGCGACCAGUUUCCCUUCAACACGGUGCUGUGGAUAUUACUGGCGAUCCCCCUCGUCCACUUCUGUAUUCUCCUGAGGCUGCCGGAGACACCUUCGUUUCUGAUCAAGUGUGGGAAGAACGAGGAAACAGCCAAAGUCCUCAGCUGGCUCCGGUCUCUACCACCAGACGAUAUACAGAUCAAGGAAGAAAUAGACCGGUUGAUCAUAGAGCAGACAACGUGCGAUCCCAAAUUCUCACCCAAAUUACUGUUUUCGGAUAAAACAGCAGUGAAAGCGUUUUGGGUGGCGCUCAUAGUGAACCUGACGAGGGAAUUCUGCGGGUGCAUAGCGGUUCUGGUCUACGCCAGUCACAUCUUCAAGGAGGCGGGGAAGGAUGAAGGGACCAGUAUAGCGUUGUCCCCGAACAAGCAGUCGAUUUUGCUCGCUGCGGUCCAGAUAAUUGGGUCGUUUGUUGCUUGCCAGCUGGUCGAUAGAGCGGGGAGGAAGCCCCUUCUAGCUGUGACGAGCGUGCUAGCCGGCUUCAGCAUGUGCCUGCUAGGAGUGUGGUUCUACCUGCAAAGCAUCUCCGUGUUCAUGCCAGGAUGGGUGCCCAUCGUGGCUCUGUGCGUGUGCAUCUUCGCAGACGCCUCAGGUCUUCAGCCGCUCCCGUUCGUCAUCAUGACUGAGAUGUUUAGCUUUCAACUGCGAGGCACAGUAGCCACACUCAUCAUGGCGAUAUCCCUAGGCACAGACUUCGCCCUUUUAAAACUCUUCGCGCCCUUAAACGACACGAUUGGCUACCAUUCAACGUUUUGGAUCUUCAGCAUAAUUUGCCUCUCCAACGUGUUUUACCUAAUAUUCUGCGUGCCGGAGACCAAGAUGAGGAGUUUAGAAGACAUUUACGCCGAUUUAGAAGGAAGAAAUAAGAGUAAAAAAGUUAAAGAGAGCAAUGAGAAUAAUGCGUGA